AUGAGUUUCUCUGAGAAAUAUAAUGGCUUAGCUGAUGAGAAAGCUUCAGUUCCUGCUGAUUUGAGCAGUACUGAACAAGCUUUUGCUGCUCAUGCUGAUGAAGAGCCAAUUUAUCACAGCUUUUUAGGAAUGUCUGGUAAAAAGCUAUCAACUGUGGUUUCAACUGUUGCAGGUGUUGGGUUUCUUUUAUUUGGUUAUGAUCAAGGUUUGAUGGGUUCACUUUUAACUUUAGAACCAUUCAGAGAAACUUUCCCGGAGAUUGAUGUUGUUGAUGAUCCAUCAAAAUCAACUUAUCAAGGUUUUGUUAUUGCAGUUUAUGAAAUUGGGUGUCUUGCUGGUGCUUUAUUUACAAUGUGGUUUGGUGAUAAAGUUGGUCGUAGAAAGACCAUCUUUGUUGGUUGUUGGAUUAUGAUUGUUGGUGCUAUUAUUCAAACUGCUUCUUAUUCUACUGCACAAUUAUUGGUUGGUCGUAUUGUUGCUGGUGUGGGUAAUGGUAUGAAUACGUCCACGGUUCCAGUUUGGCAAUCUGAGUGUGCAAAACCUGACAAGAGAGGGAAAUUAGUGAUGGUUGAAGGUGCCUUGAUUACUGGUGGUAUUACAAUUGCUUAUUGGGUUGAUUUUGCAUUCUAUUUCUUACGCCAUGAAAGUUCUGCAAGUUGGAGAUUUCCAGUUGCUUUCCAAAUCUUCUUCCCUGUUUUAAUUAUUCCAAUUAUUUUAAGAUUACCUGAAUCACCAAGAUGGUUAUUAAAAGUUGGUAGAACUGAAGAUGCAAUUAGAGUUUUUUCUGCAUUGGAAGGUAUUCCACAUAAUGAUGACUAUAUUAAACAUGAAGUUCAAGAAGUUCAAACUGCCUUGGCUAAAGAAGUAUCUGAUGGGGCUAAAAAUGGAUUUCAACAAUUAUUCAAAAUGGGUCCUGGGAGAACUUUUCAUAGAGUUUCAUUGGCCUUUUGGAAUCAAGUUAUGCAACAGAUUACUGGUAUCAAUUUAAUUACCUAUUAUGCUGGUACUGUCUUUGAAGUUUAUAUUGGUAUGACUGCUUUUAAUUCAAGAAUUUUAGCUGCUUGUAAUGGUACAGAAUACUUUUUAGCUUCUUGGGUUGCAUAUUUCUUUAUUGAAAGAGUUGGUAGAAGAAAGCUUAUGCUUUUCGGUGCUGCUGGUCAAGCUGGAACUAUGGCCAUAUUAACUGGUACAAAUUGGGCUGCUAAUCAUGGAAAUUCUUCCGCAGGUAUUGCAGCUGCUGUAUUCUUAUUCGUUUUCAAUACAUUUUUCGCAAUUGGUUGGUUAGGUAUGACUUGGUUAUAUCCAGCUGAAAUUGCCCCAUUACAUGUUAGAGCUGCUACCAAUGGUUUAUCAACAGCUGCCAAUUGGUCUUUCAAUUUUAUGGUUGUUAUGAUCACACCAGUUGCCUUUGCUAAUAUUGGUGUUUAUACAUACACUAUCUUUGCUGUCAUUAAUCUUUUGAUGAUUCCAGUUGUCUAUUUCUUAUAUCCAGAAACUGCUGGUAGAACAUUGGAAGAAAUGGAUAUCAUUUUCGAGAAUUCUGAUCCAAGAAGACCUUGGGAUGUUGUUCAUCAAGCAAAGAUUUUACCAUUUGGAUAUAGUCACGGUAAAUUUGCUGAAGAUAUUGAAAAAGCAACCGCCUCUCAUGAAGAAAAUACUGGUAUUUUCCAAAAAUAA